CUUCCAGUUACAUUUCGGCCUCUCUCAUCCACCAGGCGUCUAGAUCACCACCAAUCGCGAGAGCCAAAAACUGUAAGGGCUACCAAAUCAAAUUUCAAAAUUGAAGGCAGGCAUCAUGCGAUUCACAAAAGACUCAUCAGUUUCUAAGAGUAUUUCAAAAACGAACAGUUUGGGGGAGACAAAUUGGCUGUUAGAUGGCGACGAGCUAGACGAGGCAGAUGAUGAUACCGACUUAGAAUUAUCCCGGCACGAAAGACAACCUAACAGAGGAUUGUUCACUCACUUCGACGAUCCCCACGAUGACGAUGAGAUACUUUCAUCACCGACUGAAUCACAAAUGUUAUUCCCGCCCGAUCAGCAAUUCUCUCAAGAAGAGUUUGAGCUAAGCGAUUAUUACCCCGGUGCCACGGCGAGCGCUUAUGAAGGAGAGAAACGAACGUAUACAUGCUUUUACCUAUCGGCAGCCGCAAUAGCAUUGUUAAUUGCCAGUCUUGGGAUAUCUCUCUGGUGGUCCGUCAACCACGACGACGUGUCGGGAGGCUUCGGAAUGGGAUCGUACAUGCUUGCGGUGUCGAGUGUGAUCAUUGCCAUAUCGACUUAUAUGCACCGACAAGACUGUCGAUGUUGGACUCCCAGACAUGCUUCUCCGUUAUGAAUAUAGUAACAAGAAGAAAUGGUAUCAAAGACAUAAAUCCGUUUAUGUAUCAAGACCUUAUCCGAUAUAACAAUACCCCUCCACGGAUCCCCCACAUGCACCAACCGGAGCAAUUGCCCCGCACCGGGUUAC